CAACUUGGAGCCAGUUCUUUUCCUUUUACAGCUGUGGAAUUUCUUUGCAGCUCAAUAUUUGAUAUGAUAGAGGACUCUGGUGUGAGAUUUCCACCAUUAUGCCUUCUAUGAAACCAGCCUGCUUGUUAAUAAUCAGCUUCACAAUAUGGCUUAUUGUGCCUCAUCUCUGUCUGGCAUCAGUGCAAGCCAUGUUUGGGACAACUCCCAACAUUAAACACAUUGUGAUAGGAAGAUGCUUCACUUACACCACACUGGUUCAGACUGGUUCAAGGUAUGACUGUGAGGAGAUCUGGAGGCAGUUUGAAAAAGCGGUCGUCCAGCGGUCCUCUUGUAACGUGACAGAAGAGCAUUAUUUCAAAAUGUUUAACAUGAUGCCACAAAUCUGGCCAUGUGAUAGGUUUCUUUUUUGGAGUAAAACCAGGAUGUUGGUGCACAGCUAUGCAGCUGUUUUUCGCCAUUUCUGGACACUAGAGGAUACUUUGGUUGGUUACUUGUUCAAUGACCUCAUCUGGUGUGGCCAGGAGGAAGACUCCGACUUUGAUUUCAACUAUUGUCCAGCAUGGUCAAUAUGCAGAACCCAUCCAGUUUACUCCCUGUGGAAGCAUGCCUCAAAAAAUUUUGCAGAGAUGGCAUGCGGCAACAUCACUGUGUUGCUAAAUGGGUCUAUUGUUAAUGCAUUCAACAGAAAAAGCAUGUUUGGAAGUGUUGAGCUAGACAGCCUGAAUCCCCAAAGAGUGAACUAUGUCAACAUUAAGGUGGUGACAAAUCCAGAGGGACCGCACAUAGAAUCAUGCAGUCGAGGAUCUGUCGUCGAGCUCAUCCAGAUACUCUGUUCACGAGGUUUCCGAUGGACCUGCACAGACAAUGACCUGACUUUAGUGAUCCUUCAGUGCAUCCAAGACCUGAAUCAGCCCAGCUGCAAGAUGUUGGCAAACAGCUUGUUGCAACAAAAGGACCUAACUACCACCUGAAUCCUUUCCUAAAGCCAUGUACUCUGGUGUUAAUACUUCAUGCCUUAAAAUACCUCUGUGAGUUAGCUAAUGUCAUUUAUUGGAAACAAUGUUUGC